CCAGAGAGGAUAUAGCUGAACACAACCAAAGCCAACACUUCUAUUUGAAGGACAAACAGGAGCUUUACCAUCAGCAGCAUUGGAUUAUUGGAUAAUAAACAAUACUCGGCUGUCUAAGGUGGUGGACACAGACUGAAAGCCUUGUGUGUGUGCUUGUGUGUGUGUCUGUGUGUGUGUGUGUGUAUGUGUGUGAAGAGAGAAAACAGCACAGCGUAAUACAGCACUGGAUCAGUGUACUGUUCAUGAACACAGUUGUGGAGAAUGAAUCUUGACCCUGUACAGGUCAUGAAGGGGCCAGACCCCAUGCCCAACACCUGUCCAACAACCUCCAAUGGAGAUAGCAAAGGACCCUGGGAGGACAGCAAGGAUAUACAUGAAAACGACGGUCCUACAAAGAAGCCUAAAUCUGAGAACAACAUGGCAUGCUAUCAUUCAGCUUCACUUCCAACCUGUUUGUCUGAAAUUGAGUGUGCCGGUGAGACGGGUCAGGAAGGUGGAGGGAGGCAUAUUCUUUCCUAAACCAGAGAACGCAGUCACCAUAGCCGUAUCAUCACGGGUUUUGUUUCGCACAGACAUCGAACAGAAAGUGUAUGAAGAGAAAGGAGUGGAGGAAUAUCUCAGAUAUCAGAUCCAACAUGAGAACGAACCUUUAGCUCCUGGUCCAGCAUUCCCAUUUGUUAAGGCACUGGAGACAGUGAACAUCCAAUUGCGGGAACUUUAUCCAGCCAGCGAGGAACUUUUUGACAUUGUGCUGGUAACUUACAACCAUGCCCACGUAGGGGUGAGACUCAUCAACACCAUCAACUACCACAAUCUGUUCAUUGAACGCUUCUGCAUGACAGGAGGCAGCAGUCCCAUCGGGUACCUGAAAGCGUGGCAAACAAACUUAUACCUGUCAGCUGAUGCUCAGAAGGUGCAGGAGGCCCUUGCUGAAGGCAUUGCAGCAGCCACCAUGUUCAUGCCAGAUAAACAGAUGGAAGUAUCAGAGACGCAGCUAAAAGUGGCAUUUGAUGGCGACGCUGUGCUCUUCUCUGAUGAGUCCGAGCGAAUUUUUAAAGCUCAUGGUCUGGACAAGUUCUUCGAACAUGAGAGGGAAAAUGAAAACACUUUGUUAGAUCAUGGCCCACUGAAAGGUUUCCUGGAGUUGCUUGGAAAGCUUCAGAAGAAAUUCUACGCUAAAGGCCACCGUCUGGACUGUCCCAUCCGUACUUACCUCGUGACCGCUCGCAGCGCAGCCAGCUCAGGCAUCCGUGCCUUAAAGACUCUCCGUGCCUGGGGAUUGGAGAUAGAUGAGGCUCUUUUCCUGGCAGGGGCACCCAAAGGCCCCAUGUUAGAGAAAAUCCGGCCCCACAUCUACUUCGAUGAUCAGAUGUUUCAUGUGGAAGGUGCUGCAGAGAUGGGUGCCAUCGCUGCCCAUGUGCCCUAUGGAAUUGCACAGAAAUACCCUCGUAAACAAUAAACAAGCUCAGUAAAAUUAAAGAGAAAGGCAAGAUUUAAGAUACAGACAGUGCUUACUUUGGGCAGACUUUGGAUGGUGACAGAUCUGUCUGUACUUUCUUGGCCUUAUUUUCAUGUGGCUUAUACAAGGUCACACAUGACUUUAUAUGCAACUGAAGAUUCAACCCAGCCCUCUUCUUACAGCAUUAUUCAUAUUUCUGUACGUAAUGAAAAUUGCAGAUGAGGUCUGUGCUUCACUGUAAUGAAAGGUCAGUUUCUCAUCUAAGCAUUAUCUGCUUACAGGUCCAUUUUAAUAGUGGAAAUACACCGGAUUGGUACAUCUGCAUGUGUGCUGCUAUUUUUGUAAGCCAUUAUGGGUUUCCUUCAGUGGGUUAUGAAUAUAAGACAUGAAAAGAGAAAGAAGAUACUCUGAAUUUCUGUAUCAUCUGUUUACACGGUGUGGGCUUCAACCACACUGUUUACUUUAGCAAUAGACUGUCAUUGUGUUCUUGUUUAUUGCUGUAUAUGGUGUUGUGUGAGAAGAAACUGCAUAAUUUCUCCAUGUGAUCUAAAGUGAUGUAAAGCAAGUAGUUAUUUAUGAUGGAUGCUAGUCUGUAUGUGCAACAUUGCAAAAAAGCCAUAAUAUUUAGCAUUUUAAUAAAGAAAGCCAUUGAUAGUGAAUGAUUUAGUUUAUUCUGUGUUACCUGUACUUGCUGUUUUUCUCAUCUGCAUAUAAUAUAUUUUUUGACAGAAAACAGUUGUACUGCAUUAAUUCCUUUUGUGUCCUGUAUAAAGUAUUCAAUUGGC